AUUAAAGUCAUAUCACCCCUUAAACAGAUUUUUCAAAUAGUAAAUUUAUCUUAAUUUCACAGGUACUGUGACAGAAUCUAGAUAAGGAGAGACGUGUAUUAGUGGGUUUAUAAGUUCGAUGAGUUUUUUCACUGGAUAUGUUAAUGGAUAAUAAACAGUGUAAAAAUAUUUUGAAAUAAGACAAUUAAGGAUAUAUUCCGUAUCUUCCAGUACCUGGCAGUUGAUAUUCUGCUGCAGAAUUUUUUUACAACUAGAAAUGUCUUUCAGAGGAUCACCUGUAACCAUGCAUCGCCCAGUAACGACGCAGACAACAUCAACUUUAAAUAUCAGAACAUCAACACCAAAAGUCGUUUAUCCCUCUGUCGGGCGUCAGAUGACAUCACAGAGAUGUUGCGAUACCGGACGUCCGGUGAUGAUGGAUCCCGUCACCGGUGCAGCCAUAUGUUCAUGUCAGCUGAAAUCUGGGGUGCCAACUUACCUGUCCAGAGUUCCAAGUUUACCGGAAACAGUUUACGGCGCAGCUGCCGGGCAUCAGUAUCCCCCAAAUGUUGUCAUGGGGAACGAAGCGACGUCUGCAUUUUAUCAAAUGGCGCAUGGUUUGAAGACAGAGCGAUCAACAGAAAGUCUGAAAUCGGCGCCACCUGGUGCCAGUUCACCGUACUACUUGGAACAUCUUAUGGCCGCCCAUCCUUACAACGCCUUCUAUUCUGGUUUCGACAUCAACAGUGCAAGAAGAAAGAACGCUACAAGGGAGACAACUAGUGCUUUAAAAGCUUGGUUGUAUGAACACAGGAAAAAUCCUUACCCUACGAAAGGCGAGAAAAUUAUGUUAGCCAUUAUUACAAGAAUGACCUUGACACAAGUGUCUACGUGGUUUGCAAAUGCCAGAAGGAGGUUGAAGAAGGAAUCCAAGAUGGACGACAAAGACAUUGACCUUAGUGACCUCGACGUCGAUGAUAAAUCAGAGACUCAGCGAGAUGUGACACAGCUAUCUGUUAGCGAAGAUGAUGACGCCCUAAACCUUACCACCGACUUAUCAGACAUUUCUGACGCGGAGGAAUCUACUACAAAUAGCUUACCUCCAAAGAAUUGCAUGCAAAGAUUGUUAACACCUGAUCAAAGAUUUGGACAAGACUUUGAAAAAUAUUCAAAUGAAAAUAAAACAACUGUUAACAGUGUUGAAAAUUCAGGUGAGGAGAGUUCAUGUGGAACGAAAAGUAGCAACACUACUUCCGGUUUAGCAGAAGAAACGUUAAGUAGUCCGUCACGUGACAUUAAGCCUUCCGGACAAUUAUUACCACAAGUCAAGCCUAAAAUAUGGUCUAUUUCAGAAAUAAUUAGUCCCAAAAAUGAAAUGUGCAAAACACCAGUUUGAUUCAAAUUAAUACACACCCAAUGGAAUCAUUUUACCUUGAAAAAAAAAAAAACAAA